CUCAUUGUUCCUUCCACUCCACCAUUUCCCCUCCUCCUGCUAACGCUCCUUCGCCAUCGUCCUUUGUCUUUGUCGCUUUUGCUACUUCCUUGUUGCUUUCGAGAUCUACAUAUUUUUAUAACCAUCCGUUACCCCCCAACUUCAAGAAGUACACUAUCCCAUCAUGCUUCUCAAGCUUUCUGCCGUCGUCCUCUUCAUGGCCUCGUCUGCCGUGGCCUUCCCUUCUUUCUCCCACUCGGAGAAAUUGGCUCCCAUCAUUUCAUCUGCUGAUGCCGAUAUCAUCCCCGACUCAUACUUUGUCGUCUUCAAGACUGGCGUGCGUGCCAAUGACCACUCUGCCUGGGUCCAUGACCUCCACAAACGCGAUGUCUCUAUGAAUGGCAUCUGGGACAACAUCACCAGCGGCGUCAAGCAUGUCUACGACAUGGGUCCCUUCCAGGGUAUUGCCGGCCGCUUCCGCCCCGACGUUCUGGAGGAGAUUCGCAAGAACCCUGACGUCGACUACAUCGAGCGUGACCAGAUCGUCUACACCUCUGAGAUCACCACCCAGAGUCGCGCUCCUUGGGGCUUGGCCCGCAUCUCCCAUCGCAAGGGAUUGACCCUCGGCACCUUCAACAAGUACGAACACAACCCCCGCGGAGGCGAGGGUGUCCGCGUCUUCGUCAUCGACACCGGUAUCAACACAGAGCACAAGGAGUUCGAGGGCAGAGCCGACUGGGGCGCCACCAUCCCCCAGGGUGACCCCGACAGCGACGACAACGGUCACGGCACCCACUGCGCUGGAACCAUCGGAAGCAGUGCUUACGGUGUUUCCAAAAAGGCCAGGGUCGUCGCCAUCAAGGUCUUGCGCUCAAACGGAUCCGGUACCAUGUCCGAUGUUGUUGCCGGUGUCGACUUCGCAGUCCAGGCCCACUUGGCCCUCAAGUCCAAGCAGGGUCGCAAGUACAAGGGCUCAGUCGCCAACAUGUCCUUGGGUGGUGGCAAGUCCCGUCCUCUCGACACCGCAGUCGCCAACGCCGUUGAUUCCGGUCUUCAUUUUGCUGUCGCCGCUGGUAACGACAACCGCGAUGCUUGCGACUACUCGCCCGCUGCUGUCGAGACUGCCGUCACUGUCGGUGCGUCCACCAUCGAUGACAAGCGUGCCUACUUCUCGAACCACGGCCCCUGCGUCGAUAUCUUUGGCCCUGGUCUCGACAUCUUGUCCACCUGGAUUGGCAGCGACACUGCCAGACGCACCAUCUCUGGAACCUCGAUGGCCUCACCCCACGUUGCUGGUUUGAUUGCCUACUACCUCUCCCUCGCUCCCGAGAGCUCGUCUUCCUUCCACACCGGGCCCUUGACCCCUAAGGAGAUGAAGGCCCUCUUGAUUGCCCGUGGCACCCGCGAUGUGUUGUCUGACGUCAAGUCCGACACUCCCAAUAUCUUGAUCUACAACAACGCCUCGGAGGACAAGGAGAGCUUCUACGCGUGGUAAACCAGUCUUCGUCAACUCUUGAUUUGCGAGAUGAAGGAACGAACGCAGCCAAAGCUGAUGAUAAUCACCAUUCCAACAAACGACAAAAAAAAAAGUAUCGAAAAACGACGUAUUGACAAGCAGGAACGACAGGACGGGUCGAACACCCCCCACUAGAAAUUAGUCUGUCUUUGUCUGUAUUGCCUUCCCUUAGAAAAUCAAUUUUGCCUGUUUUUGUUUUGUUAUUCCUUACUUUCUUUCUUUUUUCACAUCCCCUCUUCUACGUGAUGAACCCUCACUCUGUCCAUAUCUUUUGUGAAUAAACUUGU